GACCCGAAGGACCGGAGCAAGACAAGAUAGCCUAAGUUUAGAGAGGUUAUGUGUUGUGUAGAUAGUGUUACUCCUCCCAUUUUUUUAAAUAAGUAAAGUGGUUAAGGUAUUCUGCAAAAGAAAGCUAGAGAGAUGAUACGUCCAAAUUCACCCAGUAGUAUGAGCCUUACAAAGUUACAAAUUGUGCCUUGGUUCAGCAAGGAAGAGUGGCUGGAUACGUAUAGUAAUGCUUAUUCUUCCAGUUUUCACUUACGAGAGAAAGCAUACACUCAGAUGUGCAUUUGGAAAGCUAGGUUUCCCAACUUGCCAAUGGGAGUGGAAUGUACCAUGAGCACUUUGCAUGUUAAGCUGUGUGACAAACCUGAAGACAACACUUACCAAGACAGGGACCUCCAACUACUAUACUCAACAGCAGUAAUGAGGUUCCUUAAUCAGCUGACAGUGUUGUCUGAUCGCAAAGACUCUAUGUACAAGAUGGCAGAGCUGUAUCAGCUGCCUGAUUGGAUCAUCAACUUAAGACACGAGGCUGCACACGGCAACUCAGUGCCUGCCUUGUACUUACUGCGACAAGCUGCAGAUAUCAUUCUGCAGUGGCUGGAAGAAAAUUAUUGGAAAGUGGAAGAAGAAGUCAUGAAAGAUGUUAUCAAGAACCCAGAACAGGAUAAAAUAAGGAUUUGUUCAAAUAUAAAAAAUGUAUUAGACUUAUGGGUGACUUUGAAAACACAAUACUGGUCAGAAUUGAGAACUAUUGAUCAAAUUGGGGAUGCAAAUAUAAGGGACAUCAUUAUCGAACUGCCUUGA